AUUUAUAUCCCAACACAGGAACUGGAAAUCAAGGCCUCCAAACCCUCAAUUUUGCCUAGCAAAAGCAAUCAUCAACAAAUUCCUAGUAAUUCGAAGCCAGAGAGAGAAGGAUGCCUCAAAGGCACUCGAAAAACAACAAUGAUCUUGCGUUCUUCACCUACGAUGAGAAGAAGAAACUCGGGUACGGAACUCAAAAACAGCGUGUCGGGAAAGACUCGAUCAAACCCUUUGAUGCCUGUUGUCUUUGUUUGAAGCUAAUCAUUGAUCCGAUGUGUUGUCGAAAAGGUCACAUCUUUUGUAAAGAAUGCAUUCUCGAAUGCUUGUUAGCUCAGAAGAAAGAUAUUCACAGGAAGCUAGCAGCUCAUGCUACGCAGCAGAAGCAAGAUAAAGAAGAGAAAGAGGAGAAGUUAGCGUUGCAGAAAGCUAAAGAGCUUGAUGCAUUUGAUCAGCAAAACCAUGGUGCAUUACCCCAAUACACUGAUAAGAAUUAUAACAGAGACAAAAAUGGGUUUCAUGGAGCCAACAGUGUGAAGGCUACAUCAUAUGAAGAGGAAGCACUGAGAACAAUGAAAGCAUUUUGGCUGCCCUCUGCUACACCAGAAGCUCCGUCAAAGGUAGAAGCACCAUCCACCAGUACUACUUGUCCAGAAGGCAAUGAAAAACUAAAGAUGAAGGCCCUCUUCCACAUUCAUUUCACAGAGGACAAGACUGAACAAAAAAAAUCCACAUCUUUUGACAAGUCAUAUAUUUGUCCAAGCUGCCAGGUCACAAUGACCAACACAAUUGCGCUCGUGGCCCUGAGCUCUUGUGGACACGUUUUCUGCAAGAAAUGUGCAGAGAAGUUCAUGGCAGUUGAUAAGGUCUGCAUGGUUUGCAACAAGGUAUGCAAGGAAAGAGAUUUGGUAUGUCUGGAAAAAGGUGGAACAGGUUUUUCUGCUCAUGGAGAUAAUCUCGAAGCAAAAGAUUUCAAGCAUCUGGGAAGUGGUUCUGGGCUUGGGCUGGUUAGGCCUGCGAUGAAGACUUGAUCAUGUUGAGACAAUAUUCAGAAAAUUAGUAGCUGGUAAUUGAUAAACACGGGGUGCAUGAGGUUUACAAUAAUAUUCAUCUAUUUGAUCUAUAAGUGCAGUCAUCAGCAUCACAGGUGUGAUUUCUUUUUUCUGUGUAACUUAUUCUAUCCAAUAUAUUUUGUUCACUGAUUUAUCCAAUAAUGUUAACUCCUGAUUGGAAAAUUUGUCCGAAGCAACUUUGUUGGGGUUUCAUUUUAAUUGGAAUUGAGAGAAUACCCCUCGUGAAAGAGAGGGGUGCCUUCAA